CGCUGAUUGGCUGCCACGGAGAAGCGUUUAAAAUUUACAGGGUGCGCUUGUUUCAUGUGUGAGAGGCGCCGGCGGCGGGCGGGAGUCAGGCAGAGGCAGUCUCCGCCCUCCGCGGUCACCCGGCAGAUCUGUUCACGCGCUUUGUAUUCGUGUCCGUUACACUGACGUCAUGCGUUUGAUUGGAUAGCGAGUUGGAUUCUCGGAGCUGAUUGGCUGCUUUAUUUGGCAGGUCCCCUGGUGCGUCCCCGGGCCUCAGUUUGAGAACCUGCACGGCAGCAGCCCCAGUUGACUUGAGAGUGAUUAAAAAUGAAGCGCUAUAGAAACCAGCAGGCCAAUAGAGGAGCGGGAAGCUGUUUACAAGGGGGUGUACCGUUUCUAUGGUUGCUGGACAAACCUCCUGCACCAGGUAUUAAACUGCCUCCCCGACGGAUCCCGCAGCCCGCUGACACCCGCAAUAAAGACCUCCAGAGAGGAGAAGGAGCCCGAACACAGCGCCAAACACAAUCCACAGGAAUUUCUCCCCUUUCUCUGCUUUCACUCACAAGCUGACAACAGGUGCGUCUGAGUCAGGCUGAGGCUGAACAUCCAGAGCUGCUCGAUCAGGAUUUAAAGCCUCCGACAGGACCGCAGACACAAGGCGGUGGCAGGAAGAGGAGGAGAGGAGCUGGGUGACAGAGAGCAAUGCUGUCUCUGAGCUGUGGGGACCCCUGGCCUGAAGGCUCGGUGGGGCUGGAGGAGGAGGUGGUGACCGCCGCUGCUCAGGCUGAGGAGCGGGACAGCAUCAACACCAAGAACAGCAGCAGCAGCUGCUGCAGCUCCAUUAACCUGGACGACAGCCUGACCAGCCUGCAGUGGCUGCAGGAGUUCUCCAUCCUCGGUGCCAACGUGCCGCAGCAGGAGCACCACCAGCCGCACCUGUUCGGUCGUCAGCCGCUGGGCUCCGAUGCUCCGGCCUCCCCUCUGGCCGGGGACCCCGCCUCCAUCGGGAUGCCUCUGACCCCGGGGAAGCCCACAGCAGCGGCCUACAGCAGGAUGCAGUCCCUCCCCGGUAUAGUGGCUCACGGCCACUGCCCAGAUGAGGUGGACUACAAGACCAACGCGCACAUCAAGCCCCCGUACUCGUACGCGACGCUGAUCUGCAUGGCCAUGCAGGCCAGCAAGAAGAGCAAGAUCACUCUGUCCUGCAUCUACAAGUGGAUCACUGACAACUUCUGCUACUACCGACAUGCUGAUCCCACCUGGCAGAACUCCAUCCGACACAACCUGUCCCUCAACAAGUGCUUCAUCAAGGUGCCGCGGCAGAAGGACGAGCCCGGGAAAGGAGGUUUUUGGAAGAUUGACCCACAGUACGCUGAGCGCCUCCUGAGUGGCGCCUAUAAGAAGAGGCGAAUGCCACCGGUCCAGAUCAACCCGGCUCUGCAGAACAGGCUCAGGAUCAACCUUCAGCCCCAGUCCAGAGCCCUCUGCAGCCCCACAGCAGGUCAGAGUGGUCUGUGCAUCAACCCAGAGUCCCAGCAACUCCUCCGGGAGUUUGAAGAGGCGACCGGUGCUGACCAGAACUGGGACCCUCACCUGGCGGAGGGGACCAUGCUGGGGUCUUGGCCAGUGGUCAGAGGAAGAAGUGGGCACAAGAGGAAACUGGGCUCCAGAAUUGGUUCCAUCAAAGCCCCCAGGCGCUCCAGCUCCCCACUGCUCUCCAUGGACGAACAGAAGGAGAUUGGACCUUUGAAAGGGGACUUCGACUGGGACGCCCUACUGGACUCAGCUCUCAGCGGGGAGCUCAGUUUGGAGGGAGGAGAACCUCUGAGCCCCAUCAUGAAAGAGGAGGACCUGACGGUGCGAGGGACCCACAUCUCCCCUGUUGAAGCUCCUGCAGGGACAGCGGACAUCCACGUGCUGGUGGAGACCCAAAGGAAUAAUGACGUGUCAGACUUUGACGAGGAGACCUUCCUCGCCACAGCCUUCCUGGAGAGCCCCUGGCCAGAGGAGGAGGAACAAGCCCGCAAUGAUUUCCUCUGUAGCUCCACCGUCAACCUGGACCAGCUGUUUGACCUCGGAGACUCGUUAGGUGGAGACGCUCGGAUUGACGCCCUCCUUUGAGGAAUAGUUGCUUUCCUGGUCCUCUUUCAAAAUGACAAGACUCCUGGCUACACUUCAGAGGAACAACAGACUCUUUUUUUUUUACACUCGAGCAACUUUAUUGUCCUUUUCAAGAUGUUUAAAGUAUUUUUAGAAUUACAUUUUGAUGUUGAUCCAUGCAGGAAGUGCAUUCCCAAUGUCUACUGAACAAAGAUGCCACAACGUACAGCAGCAGUUCACAUCAUCACGGAGGGAAAAUGAAAUGACUCGAGACAAAAACACAUUUUCAGAAACACGGCCUGGUCACUCCAUCCAGUGGCAGCAUGAUGUUAAUCCAAACAUCCAUGAAAUAUUUAGUUAAAGCUUUAGAGGUUAGCAAUCUGUCACUUUGGCUUCCCAAGCUGUUUACUUCCAGACACAUCAUUGAGUUUCACUGAAGACUCACAGCUUUGAUAAAAAGCCACUUUCCAGAUGUUUUUGGACUGAAUGGGUCAAAUUAGGAUAUUAAAGUUUUUUUGUGCUUUAAAUGAUGUAAUUCCAACGUUUGUCAAACUGACACAAAGGACGGCGCACUUCCUAGCUAGCAGCAUAAACGAUGAGCAUGUGCAGUGGGAACCUGGAGUUCAAACUUUUUGGCAAACGUGUUCAGUGACCAGUUUUCAUCCGGUUAAUUAAAUGGGCGCCAUCUUGAAUUCUGUUAUCCAGUUUGUGUAACACAUCAGUCAUUAGCAGGAAGCUUCCUGUUUAUACCCACAGCUAACAGGCUACGGUUGCUUCGAACUCUUCAUUAAAGCUCAGUCAAGUUGUUAAAUGAACUUUGUCACAGCGAGCUCAUUGACUAAUCGUGGCAUUUCCAUUUGAAUGAAUUCUUUUUGUAAAGUCUUUAAUUGUUGGUGUGAACAGGCCUUUAGGAUGACACAUCAUGGACUCGGUUUACAUCAUACAAAGUGUGUUUUCAUGUUGUUUUUGUACUACAUGAAUAUUUUCUGAAGACAAUAACAGAGCCGGAUCAGCAGGCUGUGAUUUCUUUUUGUGUGUAAAUACGGUGACAGCAGCACUACGAUGAUGAAUUAUGAGAUAUUUGCCAAAUGAUGUUUGGUGUAGGAGUGAUUUACUGUAUUUCUUGUUGUAUUUUUUUUGCGUGGGGUUUUUGGUACUAACUAUUCUCUGUAUGCAUUUUUCAAAAAUAAUUAGGAGCAGUUUAACUAGAUUAAUAAAUGUCAGAUGAGACGUCAGUUUUGUUUCUUGUAGAAGUACUUAGGAACCGUUUUUUUUUUAUUUUUAUCCUGUGCAAAGCAGUCUGAACUUCGUGGUGUUAAAGUUGAAAUGGACACGAAACAGCUCGAGGCGAAACUUUCCCAACAGAGAACUAUUAAGACCUUAAAAUGGUCACUUUCGAAAGGCCACGGUGUCUCGUAAAUGAAUACCUGACCUUCUAUGUGCCAAGAACAACACAUGGGACUCGACAGGAUGGCAGUGUUGUUUUUUUAUUUUACGUGUAGAUCUGAUGCAGCUCGAUGUGUCGAUGGACUAACUGAACCAAAUCACUCCACAUGAACAUGAGAGUUACUUCAAAGAUUAUUGCUCCUGUUUUCCUCUGAAAAUGUGUGAACGUGCAAUCAAUGUACAGUGAUACUUGUUAGAUUUUACACUCAGUCGUAGGCGUCUAUUCAUGCAGUUUACUUUAGAGAGACCAGUUUCACAGGUUUGUGUAUUACGAGGUGCGAAUACACUCUGAUAGGACAAAGGACGACAGAGAAACCAUCAAACAUUUGUGUAUUAGCUCUUCUUGAUCAGAUAACUCUUUAAAAUGUAAUAAUGGCAUCUUACCUCGUGAUUCUGUAAAGUCAGAGACGCUGUAUGCUUCCUGUUACUCUCCUGUUUUUAUUUUAUUUUCCACUUUUCUUUGACAAAUAAAGAAAAAUAAU